AAAAUAUAUUUGUUUGUUUUUCAUCAUGUGGAUCAUGUUUGGAUUUUAAAAUAUUUUUUUUUUCAAAUUGAUUCAUGUUGUUAACGACGAUAAUAAAAUGUCUAUAAAAUAUAUUUUCAACAAUCGACAAAAAUCGAUUGUUCCUUUGUUUCAGACAAUAAUACGAUCAUGUUAUUUCUAUCCUACUGAUACUGGUGAAGGAAAUUUUGAGAAAAAACAUUUUGCUAAUCGAUCGAAAAAUGAACCUUUACCACAGAAAAAAGCUCGUUUAAUUUAUCAAAGCCGAAAGAGAGGUAUGCUCGAAAAUGAUUUAUUAUUGUCAACAUUUGCCGAUAAAUAUCUUGCUUCAAUGUCUCAAGAAGAAUUGGAUAUGUAUGAUCGAUUAAUUAAUACAGUUUCUAAUGAUUGGGAUCUAUAUUAUUGGGCAGUUGGUACGAAAGAAAUUCCUGAAGAAUAUCGAAAUUCAAUAAUGGAUAAAUUUAGUCAACAUGUUAAAAAUGUGAAUCCUGCUUAUACAAGUCGUUAUGCCGAUUAUGAACAUAUACAAGUGACCGCACCACAUGAUCAUAUAUUGCAUGUUGAACUUAAUCGUCCCGAUAAACGUAAUGCCAUCAAUCGAGAUAUGUUUCGUGAGAUAUCCGAAUGUUUUUCGGAUAUCGGAGCUGAUCAACAAUGUCGUGCAGUUGUUAUUUCAGGUGCUGGUAAAAUGUUCUGUUCUGGUAUCGAUUAUAUGGACAUGUUGGAACAGAUGACAUCAAUGCAUUCAAGCAGUGAUGCUGGUGGGCGGGAAGAUGUUGCCGCGCGUGCCAAAUAUAUUCGUAAAACAAUCGUUUUGUUACAAAAUUCAUUUAACAGUAUCGUCAAAUGUCCAAAACCGGUAAUUGCAGCCAUCCAUUCUGGUUGUAUUGGAGCUGGUGUUGAUUUGAUUAGUGCUGUCGAUAUUCGUUAUGCAUCAAAAGAUGCUUAUUUUUCCAUUCGUGAAGUUGCCGUUGGUUUAGCUGCUGAUCUUGGUACAUUACAACGAAUGCCAAAAUUGAUUGGCAAUGAUAGUGUUAUGCGAGAAUUGGCUUAUACUGCUCGAGAUAUGCAAGCUGAUGAAGCAAAAGAGAUUGGUCUUCUGGGCAAAGUUUUCAACGAUCCGAAUAGCUGCGUACAGGGUGCUAUCGAUGUAGCUCGUAUAAUUGCAUCAAGAUCACCUGUUGCUGUGCAAGGUACCAAAGUUGCAUUGAAUUAUUCUCGUGAUCAUUCAGAAAAGGAUGGCUUAGAAUUUAUGCAAAUAUGGAACAUGUGUAUGCUACAAUCCGAAGAUUUUAUUAUUGCUAGUUCAUCACAAGCAUCCAAAUCUACUGAAGAACCACCAUUUGCCGAUUUCUAGAUCGUUGAAUGGAAAUCCCCUCAUUCCUUUAUUAAUUUGAAUUUUAUCAUCUUUAUUUUCAUUCGAGUUAUGUUGUAAAAAAAAUAAUAAAAUAAAAUAUACUAAUUUUCGUAUGUAGAAA